GGCCCCCCUCCGUGCUGCAUUUAUCAAAAAGAAACCCACAACUCAAUGUCUCUUCAAAAUUUCUUCAAAUUUCUCAAGAAAACAUCAGUUAAAGAAAGGAGAAGAAAACCUUCAGCACUUUCAGAGGGACUAUGUCGUCAAUUUUCACUAGCUGAGCUCCAAGCUGCCACCAACAACUUUGAUGAUGAUUUGAAAAUCGCUACACGUUAUUUUGGCCCAGUGUACAAAGGUUUCAUUGAUGGCGGCUCCUUGGUUGUUACUGUCAAACGCUGGAGGAGCUCAGUCGGACGAGAAGUUGAAGACUUCCGAAAUGAGGUAAAGUUGAUCAGCCAGCUGUGCCACCAGAAUCUUGUCUCUCUCCUCGGGUUUUGUGACGAGAAGCGUGAGAUGAUACUUGUGUAUGAACAUAUGAGCCGUGGGGGAUUGGAUAGUCAUCUUUUUGGGAAUGCUGGUCCACUCCCAUGGAAGCGGAGACUAGAGAUAUGCAUUGGGGUAGCGCGUGGAUUACACUACCUUCACACAGGUGCAAAGUAUGCAAUAGUUCACCGCCAUGUCAAGCCUCGGAAUAUUCGUCUGAACGAAAAUUGGGAUGCUAAGCUUUCAGGCUUUGGGUUAUCCACGAUUGGUCCCUCUAGCAUCUCAAAGCCUAAGCCCAACGCUUUGACAAAAAAGAUAGAAGCAGCAGGUACCCCUAACUAUAUCGCUCCAGAGUGCUAUCGUGGUGAACUCAGCGAAAAAGCUGACGUGUACUCACUAGGUAUUGUUCUGUUGGAAGUAUUGUGUGGUAGAAGGAUGGCUGACACCGCGGCAGAACUCAAGGACUUGAUUUCCGGGGACAACGACUUGAUUUCCGGGAUCAUUAAAUGCAUAAAAAACGGCUUUGUUCAUGAUGUGAUUGAUCCAUUUCUGAAAGGGAAGAUAGCACCAGUGUGUUUGAUAGAAUUUGCGGAGACCGCUCUUAGUUGUAUUCAUCCAAAUCCAAAUGAACGGCCUUCAGUGGGAGAAGUUGAGGUAACCUUAGAACUUGCAUUGGAGCUGUAGGAGAAAGCCGACUUGGUUAUCAAGGCUAUAUGAACAAGUUUAGAGAACAUUGCAUUGAAUAUCUUUACCUACCUACUUGAGCUUUAACUUGAGUUUUUGAUCUUUGAGUGAUCUUUGCUUGUAAUCCUCUUCUUGUUCUAUUAGUGUAUGUUCUUGGGGGUGUGAUUAUUCCUUCAAGAGUGAUCUAUUGAGAGGAUUCGUGGGGUUUACAUUGUAAAGGGGUGAGGUUUGAAAGAAAUACUCAUCUUUUUGUAAAAGGAUUGAGUGGCUCCUUUAAGCCACCCUUGUCUUUCUUAGUAAAGACUGUGGAGGAAA